AUAAAUGAUGGACUCCACAGGCAGUAACAGUGAAUGGUGUGAGAACUGAGCUGCUGGGGGAGGAGGAACGGCAGGGAAUAUGGGAAUUGGGAGAACCUUUAGCAGUUCACACUGUGCUAUCUGCCUUCCUCAUUUGUGUGUUUUCUGAGUCAGCAUUAGCUAAAUUUUCCAGAAGACCAUCCACAAAGUACAGCCUGGGCGUUCAAGGGACGUCACUCAUUUCCCCCAGUGACCUUGACAAGUCAGAAGCUUGAAAGCAGGGAAAUCCGGAUGUCUCGGUUAUGAAGUGGAGCAGUGAGUGUGAGCCUCAGCAUAGUUCCCGAACUCUCCAUCCAGACUAGUGAUUGAGCAUCUGCCUCUCAUACCACCAGUGGCCAUCUGAGGUGUUUCCCUGGCUCUGAAGGGGUAGGCACGAUGGCCAGGUGCUUCAGCCUGGUGUUGCUUCUCAUUUCCAUCUGGACCACGAGGCUCCUGGUCCAAGGCUCUUUGCAUGCAGAAGAGCUUUCCAUCCAGGUGUCAUGCAGAAUUAUGGGGAUCACCCUUGUGAGCAAAAAAGCAAACCCGCAGCUGAAUUUCACAGAAGCUAAGGAGGCCUGUAGGCUGCUGGGACUAACUUUGGCCAGCAAAGAUCAAGUUGAAACAGCCUGGAAGGCUAGCUUUGAGACUUGCAGCUAUGGCUGGAUUGGAGAUGGAUUCGUGGUCAUCUCUAGGAUUAACCCAAACCCCAAGUGUGGGAAAAAUGGGGUGGGUGUCCUGAUUUGGAAAGUUGCGGUGAACCGACAGUUUGCAGCCUAUUGUUACAACUCAUCUGAUACUUGGACUAACUCGUGCAUUCCAGAAAUUAUCACCACCAAAGAUCCCAUAUUCAACACUCAAAAUGCAACACACACAACAGAAUUUAUUGUCAGUGACAGUACCUACUCGGUGGCGUCCCCUUACUCUACAGCACCUGCCCCUACUACUACUCCUGCUCCAGCUUCCACUUCUAUUCCACGGAGAAAAAAAUUGAUUUGCAUUACAGAAGUUUUUAUGGAAACUAGCACCAUGUCUACAGAAACUGAACCAUUUGUUGAAAAUAAAGCAGCAUUCAAGAAUGAAGCUGCUGGGUUUGGAGGUGUCCCCACGGCUCUGCUAGUGCUUGCUCUCCUCUUUUUUGGUGCUGCAGCUGGUCUUGGAUUUUGCUAUGUCAAAAGGUAUGUGAAGGCCUUCCCUUUUACAAACAAGAAUCAGCAGAAGGAAAUGAUUGAAACCAAAGUAGUAAAGGAGGAGAAGGCCGAUGAUAUCAACCCUAAUGAAGAAUCAAAGAAAACGGAUAACAACCCAGAAGAGCCCAAGAGUCCAAGCAAAACUACCGUGCGAUGCCUGGAAGCUGAAGUUUAGAUGAGACAGAAAUGAGGAGACACACCUGAGGCUGGUUUCUUUCACCAUCCUCACCCUGCCCCAGCUGAGGAAAUCAAACGGGCCAAAGAAUCAAAGAAGAAAGUCCACCCUUAGUUCCUUACUGGAAUCAGCUCAGGACUGCCGUUGGACUAUGGAGUGCACCAAAGAGAAUGCCCUACUUCUUAUUGCAACCCUGUCUGGAUCCUAUCCUCCUACCUUCAAAGCUUCCCACGGCCUUUCUAGCCUGGCUAUGUCCUAAUAAUAUCCCACUGGGAGAAAGGAGUUUUGCAAAGUGCAAGGACCUAAAACAUCUCAUCAGUAUCCAGCGGUAAAAGGGCCUCCGGGCUGCUUGAGGCUAGGUGCGUUGAAAACCAAGGAGUCACUGAGACGAAGGCUUUCUCUACUGAUUCCACAGCUGAGACCUUUUCUUCAGCUCUGAAGAGAAACACGUAUCCCACCUGGCAUGUCCUUCUGAGCCUGGUAAAAGCAAAAGAAUGACAGAAAAGUUUAGGUCCUGAAGGCCAGGGAGAUUCUCAUAACUUGAGACCUAAUGUCUGUAAAGCCAAAAUAAAGAAAGAAAUACAACAAGGCUGAGGAAACCGACAGAACACUGUCAUCAGGGACUGUAAACACAGACAGGGUCAGAGUGUUCUUCUCUGAACACACGGAGUUGGAAUCACUGUUUAGAAUACACACACUUACUUUUUCUGGUCUCUACCACUGCUGAUACUUUCUCUAGGAAAUAUACUUUUAUAAGUAACAAAAAUAAAAACAUAAAUUUCUAUUUUUAUCUGAGUUACAGAAAUGAUUACUGAGGGAAAUUACUCAGUAAUUUGUUUAAAACGUAAUAAAAUUCAACAAACGUUUGCUGAAUAGCUACUAUAUGUCAAGUGCUGUGCAAGGUAUUACACUCUGUAAUUGAAUAUUAUUCAUCAAAAACUUGCAUAUAGUAGAAUGCUAUCUGGGAAGCUAUUUUUUUUUUCAGUUUCGAUAUCCCUAGCUUAUCUACUUCCAAACUAAUUUUUACUUUUGCUGAGGCUAAUCUUAUUCAUUUUCUCUAAUAUGGCAACCAUUAUAACCUUAAUUUAUUAUUAACAUACCCAAGAAGUACAUUUUUACCUCUAUAUACCAAAGCACAUUUUUAAAGUGCCAUUAACAAAUGUGUCACUAGCCCUCCUUUUUCCAGCAAGGAGGGCCUGAGAGAGGCAGAAAUAUUUGUGACAAAAAAUUAAAGCAUUUAGAAAACUUC